AAAUGGGUACAGAGGGAGAUUUCUAACUUUGACUACCUAAUACAGCUCAAUACCAUCGCAGGCAGGACUUACAACGACCUCAGCCAAUACCCUGUGUUUCCAUGGAUACUUAGUGACUAUACCUCAGAAACACUUGACUUGGACAAUCCAACUGUCUUCCGAGAUUUGUCCAAGCCUAUCGGAGCUGUGAACGCAAAGAGCACGGAGAACGUACGAGAAAAAUUUGAAACGUUUGAGGACCCUUCAGGAGUGAUUGAGAAGUUCCACUACGGCACUCACUACUCAAACGCGGCCGGCGUGAUGCAUUACAUGAUCCGAAUGGAACCGUUCACUGGAUUACAUAUACAGCUUCAGAGUGGCAG